AUGAGUAUCUCUCAUUCGUCAUCACCCAAUUUUGGGGAAAAGCCUCACUUCAAAAUUACCGAUCGACAGCAAUCAGCACCUGGUGUGGAAUACCUACAGGGAAAUAAUAAUUGUUUUGAAGAGGAAGAAGAAUGGCAGUCGAAGUUGGAUGUUUGGCGUGAAAAACGUCGUCAAGCCUUACUCACUGAGGCAACAAAAUUUGCCUUACUUCAAGAGCGUGAGAGUAGGGAGAACGAAAGACGUAAGGAAGAAGCAAAAGAUCGCCUUCGUAAAGCCAAGAGCCAACGUAAUCUAAUUUCCAGUGGACAUGUUUCUUCCUUAGAUUUAGCUCCACCAAAAUUAAAUAGUCCUGGCGUCGCAUUACUAACAGGUAGCGAUUUUGAUCCGCUCACUUUCGGUCAUUUUGAAAAAGAUCAAAUGGAUACAGUCUCACCAUCACAAUCGGUUUCUUCAAAUAAAUUUCAGUACACAGAUAGUUCAGAUCUUUUUAAGUCAAAUGACUCCGAGACUAAUUUGAAGGCCUACUCCGAUUGUUCUUCACCUGUGUCUGAACUGAAAACUGAAGUUCAGAGUAAUAUUACGGACAAAAUAAUGGAUAUUUCUUCUCCAAAUAAAAAUUCUGUCGAAAAAUAUGCCAAAUGUGAUCGAAUUGAAGUGAUUCGUGAUCUCAUAUCUAAACCAGAUAAUUGCAACGUUGAAGUCACCCCGGAAACCAAACUGCCUUUUGAUGAGAGUUUUGAAAAUAAUGACUAUUCAGAAUGCAAAUUACGUUUGUCAUCAAGACCUGGAGUAUCAGAGGUUCAUUGGGGACUAACAAUAAAAGCACGAGGUCCUUCAAAUACUUCCCCUUUUGUUGUUGAACGCGUUAAAAUUGGUAGUUCAGCAGAUAUCUGUGAAUUUCAAAAAGGCGACAUAUUGGCUUCUAUUGAUGGCAUAAACCUGGGUACUAGUCGGAAGAACACUGACAAAAACACCAGUCAAGUUACAAACUUAGAGGAUCUAGAAAACUUGAUGGCUCGGUUAGUUUUGGCCAGCAAACCGAUUACUGUCCAGGUCUUCAGAAAAAUGGAUGAAUUUGAUGAAUUGAACGAUGGCGAAUCGGAUACAGGUGGAGAUUUUUCUGUCGAAUCAGCAGCCGUGAAAUCCAAACACACACCAAGUAACAUUAGUGAUUCCGAUAGUGAAUGCCAUGAGUUACUUGUUUCUCCUGUUGUCAAGGUUUCUCACAAAACAUCUCAUGUUGAUAGCCCAGUUUUACAAAGAUCUAUCACAAUUACACAUUCACGUCAUAGGUCACCUUCCCGAAGCUCAAUUCAAAUUUCUGAUGACGAAGUUAACAAUUCAUCUGUGUCAUCUAACUCCGAAGUAAAAGAAUACAGUUGUCUAAAAGGGAACUUUAAUAUUUCGUCCAAAUCAAUUGGUUUAAUUUCUAAGAAUGAGAUUUCUCCAUUAUUUAAAUCAAAUCAAGAUAAGUCUAAAGAUGGAAUUUCAAAUCCUGCGGAAUUCGAUUUGUCAUCAAAUACACCAACUCCAUCGGAUUCAGCAAAUUGCAACAGUACUUUAUAUCAUAAACAAAAUGUAGAAGUAACUUUAACGGAACCUAUUUCUUUCUCAUUGGUAACUGCAUCCACACUAUCUCCAAGCAUUCAAAUGACCCAUCAAAUACAACCAACUGUUUCUGUUUUGGAGGAUAUUAAGCCUACUGAUUUUAUACACAAGAAAAUAACUCGUCCAGAACACUUUGCUGUGAACAGAUCACUUGGACAAGAGGUAACAUAUGUUUCAAAAAUUGUUGGAGAUUCCUCCACAUCAACACCUACAUUUCUAAGUGAAACCACUUCGCAUCCUUCGUCGUUACCCAAAACAAGACAUUUAUCAAAGCAGAGAACAUUCCAUAUUCAUCCCAAACUGCCUGAAACAUGGGAUGAUAUUCCCUCUCAUAUAUCUGGUAUUCGAGGUUCAUUUCCCUCAAACUAUAAACAGAAUUCAGUGUUCAAUGUUCCUCCACAAUCUUACCCUCUAUAUACUACAGAUUUGUGUAAAUCAAAACAACUAGAUUCCUUCCGACCCCAUGUCCCUCCACGGCCUAUUCCUAAAGCAACUCGUGCUGCACCCCAGUUUAGUGGAUUCACUACGACUGUUGAAUCUGAAUCACAUCCAUCCAUCUUCAGUUCAAGUAACCAAACGAUUCCAGUCAAGUCCGAUUCAUCUUCCGAUACAACAAAAAACAAGUUCCUACGUGUCUCAGAAUCCGAUAUUCAUGUCAACACUUCGAACAUUCGUUCUUCACCACAACCUUCUGCAUCGAUACCGAUGACUAAAAUGAAACAGCUACCCCAAGGUCCACUGAAUGGUGAUGAUAAACAAAGCAUCACCGAAGAUUUUGUUAGUGACCACGGUUUAGAAAGAUCAUCUGUUAAAUAUGCUUUGAGCUCUUCGGAUGAAACUGAAAAAUUUCCACUGCCAGCACCACAUCAAAUUUGCGAAAAUUUGGAGGUUGAAGUACCACCAAUUCCCCCUCGGACGCCACGCGUGCGAAUAGUCGAUAUUAAUCAAUUAUGCGCAGCAUGCAAUUCCAAACUAGAUUCUGAGGACUCAAUGGUUAUUGAAUCCUUAAAUCUAUACUAUCAUUUACCAUGUUUUGUAUGUGCAAGAUGUGGAAUUGCGCUAGGCGAUGGUCUAUCAGACGUGGAAGUUCGUGUUCGGCGUAACUUGCUUUACUGUUCACAUUGUCAUUCCAAGAACCUCACUGUAUCAAAUUAUAACAAGAAUGAAUGUCAUCCAACGAUGCAAAGUGUGCAACCUAGUUCUCUACCACUUAAACCCACUGAUAAACGACACCGAAACGGUUCAGAACAGCAGUUAUCAUCUAAUUUAAAUAAACAUCACGUUCUGUAA